AUGAUGAAUCGGUACUCCUUGUAUUUUAAAGAUAUAUAAUUGGAAGAUUCCUAUCAAAAAUAUUGGUUAGAUGUUAAUCGAAAUCCUUUGUUAAAAAGAUUAGUGAUCUCUACUACUUUAGUUCAAAUCACAGAUCUAUUAUAAAUUAUUGUUACAGAAUAAUACGAAGUAUUAAAUUGGAAUUAUAUACUUGUGCAUUACUUAUUUCAAUUGUUUUUGAAUCUAAUCCUUAUCAUAAUCAAAAUUUAUUAACCUAAAUAUAUCAGAAAAGGGCUUUUAUUAUAUAAUCAUUUUUUUGCCUCUGCUUUUGUACUAAUCGAAUAUCAGAAAUCUAUGUAUUCUAUAAAUUAUUCAAAGAUAAUUUAAUUAGGCAUAAUAGGAUCAUAAUUUAUAAUAAUUUUGUCAUCAGACUUUAUUGAAGCAGCCUACUAAGCAAGUGUCUUUCCUUCUAUAUAUAUAUUUAUAUGGUCAUAUGGAUAGGAACAGGUUUAUUAUUCUGGAAUAGUUGCAGUAUUAUUGUCUGGAUUAGUUUUGCUAUAAGGUUUAUAUGAUCAUUAAGUUGCUUUGAGAUCAUAAUUUUAAUUAGGAUUUAUUGAUAAUCAAUGGGAGAAUAUAUUUACAUAGUUAAUUAGUGAAUAAUAUUUAAUAUUUUAUUUUGAUAAUCCUAGCUUUAGUUUUUAACUAUCAAAUUCUAAAAAUUAUAUUUAUAAAAUAGAUACAACUCAAUAGCUUAAAACAUAUUUAAGAGCAAUAAAAUUAAACAGAAAAUAAAAUUUUGAGCAAUUUUGCUAUGAGUAGAUUAAAAAUCAUACAAAUUUUUCUAAGGAUGAUCUUAAAUAGAAUUUAUCAAUAUUAUUUUAGGGUAAAGCUCAAAUAAUUUAAUAUUCAAUUUUUUACAGUAUUAGACCAAUAAUUCUUUUAUAAAUUAUUUCUAAAGACAAAUAUAUGAAUGAAACAGAAAUAUUAAUUGAUAAAAAAAUAAAUUUAGAUUAAAACUAUUAAUUUAAAUAUAAGAAAUUUAUUUAUUUGUUAUAUUAACCACUUAAAAGAAAGUGUAAUGAUAUAUCCACAUCAUUAAAUCUUUUAUCAAAAAUUAGAAAAAUAUGUUUAUAUGCCAAUUUAUAAGAAUAUAUUACACCUCAUAGUAUUUUAUCAGUAUAAAUUUUUUAAUUAGAAUAUUUAUUCUAAAAAUUAAUUUUUAUUUAUUAGGAUUAUGAGAUAUAAAUUGAUAAUAAAAUCAUAUUAAUCACAAACAAUAAAGAACUCUUAUUAAUGUUUUUUAUUGAAAUAAUAGAAAAAACUAUAUCAAAACAUUUGAAAAUAUAAACAUUAUUAUUAGAAAACUCUUAAAUUUGUAUAAAAUUUGGUUGUUAUUAUUCCAAAAAAUCUUUAGAUUAGUUGAUCCAUAAAAUAAGCCUUUAUUCAAAUUUUAUAAAUAAGAUAGAUUUUGAAGAAUAAUGUAUAAAAAAAUUAAAUUUUAGAUAUUGGACUCUAUAUUAAUAACAUUUCUUUAUAAUUAGGAAAUAAAUUUUCGAUACUUCCAUCAAAUCAAAACUAGUUACAUUAAAAUAUAUUAAAUACUGA